CAGUGUGUGUCUGGGGAUGAAUAAUGUUCUUUCUUUUUUUCCUUGCACUGAAUACUUUUGUUUUUUAACAGAAAUGCCUUUUUCCUUUCAAGAACUCUCAGAAAUAUGUUCCUUUAAGAACCUCCUACAUGAUAUGUAUUUGCAAUUUGUAAACACAGCAUGUCAAAGAACGAUUUGAUUCAGUGGUGAGGCAGUCAGAUAUUUGCAUGUCAUGAGGUCUAAGGGAAACAAACUGACCCUCAGCCUUCCCCCACCCAGGCAAAUUCUGAUGGGACCCUCAAAUAGCUCUGGCAAAGUGUUCUGUUUCUUUUGGACUUGAUGAAUGCUUGUUUCUGCAAAGACGUGUAAUUAUUUCUUCCUUUAUUUUGCUGCGCAAGUUACCAAGAGAAGCAGCUUGAAACUAAAUAGCACGUGGAGGCCCAGCAGGAUGACCAGCAGCCACACAGACUGUCAUUUCUGCCUGCAGUCUCUCCGUGGCAGGAAAUACGCACUGAGAGAGGAAAAUGCUUACUGUGUUCCGUGCUAUGACAGCCUGUACGCCAACCCCUGCCAAGAGUGCAAGCAGCCCAUUGAGUGCAACUCCAAGGAUCUGGCCUACAAAGGCCGCCACUGGCACGAGGGGUGCUUCAGGUGUGCCAAGUGCAGUCGCUCGCUUGUGGAGAAACCAUUUGCUGCCAAGGACGAGGUCUUGCUGUGCACUGAGUGCUACUCUGAUGAGUACUCAUCCAAGUGUUUUCAAUGCCAGAAGACCAUUAUGCCUGGGUCACGUAAAAUGGAAUUCAAGGGAAGUUCCUGGCAUGAAUCCUGUUUUGUGUGCCAGUAUUGCCAGCAACCAUUGGGAACAAAACCAUUAAUCACCAAAGACAAUGAGAAUUACUGUGUGCCCUGUUUUGAGAAGCAAUUUGCUCACCAUUGCUACGCUUGCAAAAAGGUUAUAACUUCUGGAGGAGUGACCUAUGAUGACCAGCCUUGGCAUAAAGAAUGCUUUGUGUGUGCUGUGUGUAAAACUCAGCUGUCUGGCCAAAGAUUCAUUUCCAAAGAUGAGUACCCAUACUGUGUAGACUGUUUCAGCAAAUUUUGUGCCAAGAAGUGUGCUGCAUGCAAGAAGCCUAUUACAGCUCUCGGAGGUGCCAAAUACAUCUCGUUUGAGGAGCGUCAGUGGCACGGGGAGUGCUUCACCUGCUCCAAAUGCUUUGUCUCCCUGGUGAGCCAGGAAUUCCUCACUCAGCAGGGUGACAUCCUUUGCCACAAAUGUGGCUCUGCUUCCUAGUUCUGUGGAAAGAUGUACAGCUGCAUUAUUCUUACUCUGUAGCAAUGUAGUUCAUUGGUCUGCUGUAAGAAAACCAGAUAAAAGUCACUACAGUUAUUCAGUCAUUCAAGCAACUUUCCAACAGCAGUUUAACUUUGUCAUAGUUCUCAACUCCUUAUAAACAAAAAUUAAACAACUGCCCCAUACUAGUCAAUAAAAUGAUGCAGAAAAGAUUUUAAGAUGUAUUUUAAGCCUAACUCCAGUAUGUUUUGCUUGUAACACACUGCACUCUGCUGUUAGAAGCUUAAAAAUUUGUCUUUUAUCAUGACUAAACCAAGGAGGACUGUGAAAAUCUGCUUGGUAUAUGAAUAAUGAUGAGUCAUUAGUACUGAUUCACAAAUGCAGAUCUUGGCAUGGGUAGCUGGGUACAAGCAUUUUUCUAUUGGAUCAUAACAUUGAAGAGAACACCUUGGAAGUAUUAUAUUCUUCCAUACUUUGUGAAAAAAAGAUGCUGACAAAGCAGGCAGAAAUUAUGAGUAGGAGAUGCUCUCACACUGAGAACCACAGAGUCAGAGAGGCCCAUUCCAAGGGCCAAGCCAAUGGAAAAAAAGUCAUUUUCCUUCCCUUACUGGGAUUACUUCCUAGAGAAGUCACCCAGAACACUACAGCACAUGUCCUUUCCCAAAAGUGAGUCACUGUACUUAAUUUUUUAGCCAUAGAUGCUCUAGGACAUAAAUAAACCCAUACUUUCAGAUACUGCUAGAGGUAAGGAUUGCCUGAGAUUGAAUAGUGCUGAUGUACAUUUUCCCAUAACUAAUAUGCCUUAAGACUCUGUUUCCACUGUAUUUGCUAUACCUUCAAAUAUAGUCCUAAAAUAUGUUUUUUAUUAGUUGACACAAGAACCAACUCACACUGGUCCCUUUAGCCUUGUGCUUUCCUUCAAUAAAAAGUGCUUUGCCAGCAAUUGAAGCCUUGUCAAGGGUUAAGCUUACCUGCUUGGUCUUUAAUUCACAGUUCAUUCCUCUGCUUGUAAAUUCCUGCAUGUGGACAGCAGGCUAUAAACUCUCCAGAGCCAAUUCCUGAUUUGUUUCACCAUUAGCCACAUGUCUUUUUUAACAGUAUGUCAAGAAUUAGCAACUGUCACUGCCAGCCAGGCAGCUCUUGCUUGCAGUACAGGGACUUAGUUUUUGGGUAGCCAGCCUUUAUAUCUGCUUGUUGAGUUCCACACUCAGAUGUCAUCUAUUAGAGGUCAUCUAGAGCUGAGUUACAAGCAUCUAUCUUCUUUCUUCUGUGUGUUACAGUGGCCUGGUUUGUGUACUGGGCCGUUGGAUGGAGCAGUGAUGUCAGGAAUGGCAGGUUCUGCACUGUCCAGCAGAGUUUGAGACUCAUCUCCCAUGUCUUUAAGUCAUCCUUCUUCAGACUCUGACCUUGAGUGCAUGGAGUUAUUUGGCUGACUUGAGAGGCCUUUAUUCAUAUUGGAGACAGCCAUUACUUUAGGCACAAAAGUGAAAAAACAAAGAUUAUGUGUGCAUGGCUAAACCAGGGCUGAAGUGCAGUGGCAUAAAAUCAAUAUGAGUAAUGACUGACAAAUGAGUACAUAGCAGUCUGUCAAUAAAAUAUUGAACUUUUGCUCUAUGUGGUGUUAAUUUUUAGUUUCCAUUUUCUUCUUUCAUGGCAGUUUUUAUUGCACUCUUGAGUUUGAUUAGUUUAUGUUUUUCACCUUAUCCCAGCUGCUUCCUUUUCUGCUUACACAUCUCCCAUAGCUGACACAGGUUCUUGGUAAGGCUUAGAUUCCCAUAAAUAGAAAUAUGUUUCAUUGCCUUAUAUGUAUAAAUAUAUAUAUGCAAAUACACAGACAUAGUGGAACACAGUUAUGUAUGAUGUAAAAAAUUGCACUGAGCUAUCAGAAAUUAGUAAAUGUUAAUGGUCUUAAAUUUUUAAAUUAAAAUAAUGAAACACCAUAUUCAAGAUUGUCUAUGGAGUGUACCUUUUGUUUGUUUGUGUGAAAUAACAUUUAGUACAUCUCAAGAAUGUGGUUUGGAUCCUUUAUUCAGUCUCCUCUGAAGAAUCAUACAUCUUAAAUACAAACUGAAGCAGGAAUUACCAGGCAGCCUCCUAAGACAUGACAGAGUCACAGGUCAGACACACUGAUGAUGAUAAUCCCAGUCUUCCAGCCUUAACAUUUACAAAACUGAAAUUCUGCUCUGACUCAUCAACUAAUUAUAUUUUUGGAAAUACCAACUGAAUUAUUUAUUUCUUCUGAAGUAAAUACAGUAC